CCACAACAGAGCAAAAAUCAACACACUAAAAAUGGUGGCUUUUGCGACCAAACAGUCUUUGUUGUUGUUGUCGUCUCUUCUGGUCUUGAUCGGUGUAACUACCGGAAGUUUCUACGACAAUUUCGAUAUCACUUGGGGAAAUGGUCGUGCCAAUAUAUUUGAGAGUGGACAGCUCUUGACUUGCACUCUCGACAAGGUCUCUGGUUCAGGUUUUCAAUCAAAGAAGGAGUACUUGUUCGGAAAGAUCGACAUGAAGAUGAAACUUGUCGCUGGAAACUCUGCCGGAACCGUCACAGCUUACUACCUUUCUUCAAAAGGAGAAACAUGGGAUGAGAUAGAUUUCGAGUUCUUGGGUAAUGUUACAGGACAGCCUUACGUUCUUCAUACAAAUGUGUUCACCGGAGGCAAAGGUAACCGUGAAAUGCAGUUCUAUCUAUGGUUCGACCCAACUGCGGAUUUCCACACUUACACCGUCCUUUGGAACCCUCUCAACAUCAUCUUUCUAGUGGAUGGAAUCCCAAUCCGAGUGUUCAAGAACAACGAGGCUAAUGGUGUGGCUUACCCUAAGAGCCAGCCGAUGAAGAUCUACUCGAGUCUAUGGGAAGCUGAUGAUUGGGCCACACGAGGCGGUCUAGUCAAGACAGAUUGGACCAACGCUCCAUUCAGCGCUUCUUACAGAAGCUUCAACGAUGUGGACUGCUGCAGCCGGACCUCGUUGUUGAACUGGGUGACAUGUAACGCAAAUAGCAACUCGUGGAUGUGGACUACCCUUAACUCAAACCAGUACGGACAGAUGAAAUGGGUGCAAGAUGAUUAUAUGAUAUAUAACUAUUGUACUGACUACAAGAGGUUCCCUCAAGGUCUGCCUACGGAGUGCAACCUCGGCUGAUCGUGUUACCAAGAGCAUUUACGGACUUGAUCCGUUUGGUUUCUUUCAAUUUUUUUUAUCUACUUGAUUUGUUGAUUUGAUUCUGUAAUUUCCUCUUGAGUUUCAAAGAUUUAUUUCCCUUUAUGGGUUACUGAAUAA